AUGAUAUAUCAUAUGAGUUAUUGUUUUGUUGUUUUAAAAUUUAACUAUAAUAUAAUAAACUUAAAAAAAAUAUAAUUUAUAUAUACAUAUUUUAAAUAAAUUUAUUCAAUGGAUCCAGUUUUAGAUGUAUUGUUACAUGUAGAAACAUUGAUUGUAAAAGAGCAAUGGAGAGAAAGUGGUUUUAUCAAAGAGUUAGUUACAAAAAAGAAAAAAGGACAGUUUAAUAUUUAUGAUACAAAUAAUAAUUUAAUAUUAAUAGGUAAAGAAUAUUAUAAAAAUAGCUGUGAUGAUUUAUUUAGUUUUCAGAAAUACAGGCCAUACAAAAUAAGCAUCAGGACAUUGGAUAAUAACGAAGUUAUUAAAAUAAAAAGAGAAAAACAGUGUGGUCGACAGGGAUGUUAUUGCUGUAUAUUUUGUUGUUGUGCUUUGGAGUCAUGUCAUCAGGAUAUACUUAUUUUUGCUGGUGAUGAUACAUUGUCUCCUGGAAGGUUUUUAGGUAGAGUGAAAGAAAAGUUUAGUUGGUUUACUCCAUCUUUUAAAGUGUAUGAUGAUGAUAAUAACCAACAAUUUAAAAUAAUAGGCCAUAAAAUAAAAAAUAAUAAUAAUUUUUUAAAUAAUAGUUGGAUCACAUCAUCAUCCUUUUCUCACUACCAGAUGAAAAUAUAUCAAGAGAAUGAAGAGCAAUCUUAUUUAAAUUUUAUUUCAUCACCAGAAGAAGACCAGGAGAUUGGUGAAAUCUCAAAGUUGUAUUCAGGUAUAAAGCAAAAUCUCUUUAACGAUAAAGAUAACGUAUAUAUAGUAAUGCCUCCAAAAUCCACUGUAUAUCAAAAAUCUGUUCUUAUAGGUGCUCUAUUUUUAAUCAACUCUCUUUAUUUCGGUUUGCAAUCUAAUACAAUUUCAGAUACAAUAGAUUUAAAUAAUUUAAACGAAUCAAAUAAUAAUAAUAAUAAUAGUAAUAAUAAUAACAAUGACAAUAAUGAUAAUAGUGACAAUAAUAGUAGCAGUAUUAAAUAUAAUAUUGGUUUAAAUAAUAAAGUUUAG